AUGUUCCGGUCUCAGUACAACAGUUAUGGAAAUUAUCCACCGCCUCUGAUGCAGGUACCACUGCCGCCUGUGGAGCGCCCGAUGCAGGUGUCCUGUGGUGGUCUCCGGGAACACCAUCACGGGCUCCUUGUUGAGUUGUUCGGUCGCGUGGUGAAGCAGAGUCUCGGCAGGUUUCUAGUGCUGAGGGACAGCACAGGACAGACUCAGCUGAUUGCCAACAAUGAAGACACAAAUGUCUCGAUCCGCUUCCAGAAAAUGCCUGUGGAUAGUCAAUUGCGAGUUGUGGGUCGUUGUCGACUACGUCCAGAGUCGUCUAGGAAUCGCACGACUGCCACGGGAGACGUAGAGGUACACGUGGAGGAGAUUUUGAGUGUGAAGACUCCAUAUUCAACACCAGCGAUGAAGGAUGUUGGGCAGAAGCGAGCUAUGAGCACCACGAGUCGCUCUUGCUUGGGAAUAACAGCCCCGGAACUGGCCAGGGCAAAGGGAAGUAUCAGAGAGUACUUCAACAAGAGGAAAAACACCUGCGGAGAAUUGAGGAUGGAUCAUGUGGGUAUGCAGAUCAGACUUGUGGGUUGGCUGGACAAUUCUCAGCGUUUUGGCAGAUUUUUCCGGCUGCGCGAUGGGACAGGAUACUGUCAAGUGACUGUGGAAACGGGAAAGACAAAUAUCCAAGACGCUUUGGGAGAACUGAAGGAGUCGGACAUUAUUUAUGUGGAAGGAACAGUGACUGCCAGACCGUUCAAUAGUCGAAAUAGCAAAUCAGAGACUGGAGAUGUUGAAGUAAUUGUGGACAAUUACAAACUCCUGAAUCCUGAAGAGCCCUAUGUUGCACCAGCGUUUGAAUCUGCUGAUGAUACGAUGGAAGACGCAGAGUUGCUGAUGGAUAGUCAAAACGGGGAUGCAGAGAAAAAGCCUGAAAUUGAGAAACUAGGAAUUGAGAAGGCAGAUAUUGAGAAAUCUUCAUCUCCAAAUACUAGUUUAUUCACAAAUCGCACUCACAACUGUGGCGAGUUGAAUGCCAGUCACGUUGGUCAGAAUGUGGUGAUUUGCGGAUGGCUGGGCUUCCAGCGCAUGAAAAAGUUCAUCACACUGCGUGAUGGCUAUGGCAUGACUCAAGUUCUAAUCCCUCUUCCGAAGGUGGACGAUGUGCCAUUGGAUUCACUGGCUUUUGAGUCCAUUAUGAAGGUUUCAGGGGUGGUUACAGCUCGUCCUGCACACAUGGUGAACCAUCAAAUGGCCACAGGAGAAAUUGAAGUCAUGCUUGAAUCUUUCGAAUUGCUGAAUGCGUCUAAGAAGCAGCUUCCAAUGGAUGUGAGAGAUUUCAACAGGGCGAAAGAGACUCUUCGGCUGGAGCAUCGCUACAUUGAUCUUCGCUUUGUUGAUAUGCAACGCAAUCUGAGAACGCGAUCGGCCGUAUUAAUGAAGAUGCGAGAGUACCUGAUCAAUCAGUGUGGAUUCGUCGAGGUGGAAACACCAACGCUUUUCAGAGCAACUCCUGGAGGAGCGCAAGAGUUCGUUGUGCCGUCCAGGAAGCGUGGACACUUCUACUCACUGGUGCAGAGUCCGCAGCAGUUCAAGCAACUGCUGAUGGCCGGAGCUGUGGACAGGUACUUCCAGAUUGCCAGGUGUUACAGGGACGAAUCGACGAGGAGUGAUAGACAGCCGGAAUUUACACAGCUUGACGUCGAGCUCUCCUUCACGGACAAGGAGAAAGUGAUGGAGUUGAUAGAGAAUGUAAUAAAGUACUCCUGGCCACAGGAAAACGCAGAAAGCAUACAAACGCCAUUCAGCAGGAUGACUUAUGAGGAUGCAAUGGCCAAAUACGGCAGUGAUAAACCUGAUCUUCGCUUUAACUUCCAACUCACGGACGUCACAGACACGCUGAAGCUGAACGAGACUCUUACCAGCGUUUACAGUGACUUUGCCUCCUACGUAAUUGUUCUCAAAUCCCCCAACAAUGGUUUUCCCACUUUGCUAAAAGACUCAGUGGCGGCGAUGAUAAAAAACCUGACCAACACACGACUCUUUGUCUCAAAGCUGAAAGAGCCCACAAUAGAAGCGUGGACGGAAUCUGGCAUUUCCAAUGCCCUAUCCACAGAAGUCACAAAAGCUCUGGCGGAGAACUUGAAGCUGGAACAAGGGGAUCUCAUCUUCCUGGGCAUUGGGCAGAAGACUAAGACUCAGGAGCUGAUGGGACGCAUCCGAAGUGUGAUCAUUGAGAGCCUGCAAAGUCGGAAACUUCUCAGUCAAACGGGCAACGGAGGAAAACACUUCCUCUGGAUCGUCGAUUUUCCUCUGUUCACGAGAAAUGACUCCGAUCAGUUGGUAAGCACUCAUCAUCCCUUCACUGCUCCACACCCUGACGAUCUGGACGCACUGCGAAAGCUAGAGAAUCUUGACAGCAUCCGUUCUCAAGCGUACGACCUUGUAAUCAACGGUCAGGAAGUUGGCGGUGGCUCCAUCCGGAUUCACGAUGCAGCGCUGCAGAAGUUUGUCCUCGAGGACGUGCUCAGUAUUAAGCAUGAGCAUCUGCAGCACCUUCUGAUGGCUCUUGAGUCUGGAUGCCCACCACACGGAGGUAUUGCUCUGGGCAUUGACAGGCUGAUGGCAAUCAUUUGCAAUACUGAGACCAUAAGAGACGUUAUAGCAUUUCCCAAGGGUCUUCACGGCAAGGAUCACAUGUCUCAAGCACCCAUCGAACUCACUCCCGACGAUCUGAAGCUGUAUCACAUUUCAGUUGACCAGGAAGCACCAGAGAACUGAUCACA